CCUCGUGUCCAGUGCCUUAGUUACGGCGCGAGAGUACAUAGGCAAUCCCAUCCAGUGCAUCUCGAAAGCAGUGCCAGGCAAUGUCCUCAACACCUUCUGCUUCAUCAUGUCCACCUUCAGCGUGCCGAGGCACUGGGACGCGCCCCUCGGCGACGGCGUGGCAUACCCGGGCGUGGGCAGUCACGACGACGAGGACGAGAUUAAGUACCACGCUUACUACCAGUGGGUGCCUUUCGUUCUUGUUCUCCAGGCGAUCAUGUUCUACAUUCCGCGAUACCUGUGGAAGAACAUGGAAGGCGGGCUCUUCACCACCAUCCUGGCUGGCCUCGAUAAACUCACGCUCGAUGACAGCCAGAGGCACAAGAAGCACAAGAUCUUGUCGCAGUACAUGAUCAAGCACCUCCACAUGCACAUGAACUGGGCUAUUAGGUUCUUCCUGUGCGAGGCGCUGUGUCUGGUGGUGGUCGUCGGCAACAUCUACUUCACCGACUUCUUCUUGGAUGGCACCUUCAUGACCUAUGGCACCGACGUCAUCAAUUUCCCCGACAUGGACCCCGAAAACAGAGUUGACCCCAUGACGCGCAUCUUCCCCAGGGUCACCAAAUGCACCUUCAGGAAGUUCGGAUCGUCAGGCACCAUCGAGACCCACGACACGAUGUGCGUGCUGGCGGUGAACAUCAUCAACGAGAAGAUCUACAUUUUCAUCUGGUUCUGGCUCGUGUGUCUGACGGCCAUCACCGCGCUGUGGCUCGUCUACCGCGUGCUCAUCAUCGUCUCCUCCGACGUCCGCUUCAAGCUCCUUCAGGUUCGUGGUCGCUGGGCAGGCCGACCAAACCUGGACUUAGUGGCAAAGAAGUGCAAUUUAGGCGACUGGUUCUUGAUAUACCACCUCGGGCGCAAUAUGGAACCCAUGGUGUAUGGCGAGUUCUUGAAGGAGUUUGCCAAGGAGUUGGAAAAUUCAGUCUCGACGCUGGAACGCAAGCCAAUGCUAGUUGGUAGUUAAUAGGAAGCUUGCGGUUACUUUUUUUUGUUAUUAAGAGUUUGUGAUUGAAAACUCGAGCCAUUCAGUGUCAAUUUAAGUGUAUUACUUUAUGUCGUAAGUUUUAAGAAGAUUAGAAAGAAAGGGAAUCGAUCUUUUGUUUUUGUUUUUUAAGUUCUUUUAAAGAUGAAAUAAAUAAUAGUGAAUUUAUUUUUAAAUGAAUGAAAAUUCACGGACACAUGACUCCUUUGUAUUUUUGUAUGAUCAUGUGAAGUAGCAAGUUUGAUAUAAAACUAGUUGAUGAAAAAAGCAUUAGGUGUUAUAUUUUUUUACAAGGAAGAAUUGUAGGUGUUAAUGACAUAGACAAUCAGUCCAAUACUGUUACCUGGAGUGAGUGAACCUUUGACAGGGUUGGCUCACCUGCACGUGAUCUAGCUGUUACACUAUGUACAUAACCAUGUGCCAUGCUGUUGUGUGAAGUUUUGUGAUGAAAAGAAGCUGAGAAUUGUAUUGUGAAUGGAGUUGCAUUGAUGGUAAUGCUGGGUACAGUGUUGAAAAGGAUGAUUGUCCUCUAUGUAGAACUAGGACUCAAAAUCUGUCAUAAGCAUCAACUACAUAUAGUAGAUAAGUUGUCAAAUGAUUGUAUUCCUACUUUGACAAGUCAUUUCAUUAUGGCUUUGAUGAGCAUAUUGUUACUGUAUAUUUUUGUAGUGCAUUCUAAUUAAUUUAUCUUUUAAAGAUAGUUGCCUUCUUUGGGCAGUAGAGAUAUACUACAGGAACAUGAGUCAUUUCUUGGAUCUCUGUUAAUCACAAUAAGUACAUUGAUCAAAGUUAAGAAUGUGUAGAGAAUUUAACAAAUACUGCCGAAGAAGUAACUUGAACGACAUAGUAGGGAAUAAGCUUGAUUGUAGAUUCUUAGAAGCAUGUGCUGCUGCUCUCUAGCUGAUACUGUCCAGAGAUGCAAAUAAGGCAUGGAUGUGCCAUGGCGUGACUGGAGGAUGUGAUUAAUACUAUACAAAUUCACUAUGUGAUAAACAGUAGAAAGGUAUUGUAUAAUGUAAUUACUGUUAUAUUCUCUCUUUUUUCUCAACAAGAGCACUAUGAAAGACACGUUUAGAGAUUUUCAAUUUAGGCCUAGAAGUAAGAUGUCAUGCUUGUUAAUAGCUGACAUUGCAGUUAAAAAGAAGUGCCUUAAAAAGAAAUUGCUCAAUGUGUGAUGGCAGAUUUAAAGGAAAGAUGCACAUAAUUUUGUGCUUUAUCUGAAACAAGCAAUGGAUGAUUUUGUAAUUUCUGUAAUUGUAAGGAUUUUUUUUUUAUUUUAUUAUUAUUAUUAUUAUUUUUUAAGUUCAAUUAUUUAGAACCUAUAAUUAUUUUAGUAUGCUUAACAUGAAGCAUCAAUUUUGAUUUAAUUUCAAGCAACAAUUUAUUGUGGUUCUUAUUUCAAUGGAUUUGUAAUUUUAACUCGUGUAACUGGAUGAUUUUAUACAUUUAUUUCUGAUGGAAACUGUUACUACAAAAAGCAGUUUGCCACAAAAAAGGCAGUUACAUAACAUGGUAAGAAAAAUUUCUUUUGUCAAAUAAAAGAAAUCUGAUCUUGUUUUUUGAACCACUUCCAGUAAGAGUUGAAAUAUGUAGUAGAAAAGAAAAGUAUUGAUUAUUUGCCCUUACAUAUUGCAGGUGUUUUACAAAACUACAUUGAAUAUUUAAAAAAUGCAGUUGGCCAAAAUGAUGACAUAGGACUGCAGUCUUGCAAAAUUUUGUAAUUCUGGGGUGAAUAAAGAAAUUCAGCACAAA